AUGAAAACACUAGUUGGUCUGGAUGGAUCUGAGCUGAGGACUAUUUACCCAAGACCCUGGAGUAUUUGGAAAGAACGUGUUAAUUAUAAACAGCAGGGACCAAGCACAAUCUGUUCUGCUCUUAAUGAUGUUAUCUUAACGCUGAAAUUGCCUGAAACCCAUUUUACUAAGGAGUGUAUUUUGUGCUAUGAUGAAGGUCUCCCCCUGUGCUUUGAACAUGGCAGCAGCCUUGUUUGUAUGCCCAGUCCUUUCACUUCCUCUCCAUGGGAACCUUUUGCAUUUGUCUGCCAAAACAGCUCGGUCCUAAGGCCACCUUUUAAGAAAUUGGAAUAG